AUUAGUCAGAGUCUAACUCUUUCCUCUGAUGAAGGUUAAGAAAAAAAUAUCCCCUUAAUUCAUAGCUGUGAUAGCCACAUCAAUUCCGAGUCUUCAAAUCUUAUAAUUAUAUAUAAAACCACAUACCCUUCUCUUUCAAGAUCCAUUCUCAUCCACUAUAGAAACAUUAAUUAGAGACUCUCCAAUGGAGGAUCUGUUUAGCAAUUUGCCAGAUGAAGUUCUAAGCUGCAUAGUUUCUUUUCUGCCAAAUGAAUCAGCACUAGAAACCAGCCUCAUAUCUACUAGGUGGAGAGACCUAUGGAACCAAGUCCUUGUCAGACAUGGAACCACACAAGACAUAACUGGUGUUGUUGCUGGUUUUCUGUCUCGUUUUGAAGAGCUAGAUCCAUUAAAACAUCCCCGCAAACUUCAAUUUCACUUUGCCGAUCAAGACACUGCACUCUUUGCAUCCAUUGCAACUAACAGUAAGCUUCUUCUUGAUUUCCCUGGUGGUGGGAACAAAGACCUCAAAAAGCAAUAUGAACUGAAGUUCAUGUUCAACAAAGAUCUCAACACUGUUCCCCCCACUUUCUUAGUCAAAACGCUUUAUUUGAAAUCAGUGAGCCAUUUGACUAGUGAGUUGGUUUCCUCCAUCGUUUCAAAUUUGGAGCAUCUUGAGAAGUUGAUGAUUGUUGAGUGCACUGGGUUGCAGUCUUUGUUCAUUGAGUCUGAAUCAAAGCUUCACAAGUUAACCAUAUUAGAUUGCCCCCAGUUGAAGUCUCUCCAUCUUAGAACUUCUAAGCUUAAAAGGUUCAGACUUCAUGGACCUCUUCCAAAGAUUUGGCCAGAAUCCCAUUUCAACCUCAGCCAUGCCAUGCUUGAUUUCAGACUUGGACCAAGCUGUGCUGACUUCAAGGCUCAAGAUUUCAACCAAACACUGUUGACAAUAAAGAAUUGUGAAGCUCUCACUUUAUGUGAGUGGACUUUUCAGGCAUUGAUAUGGCCAUCGAUUUCUCCAAGUGGGAACUUCAUAUUCUAUAAAAUAAGAGAGUUAUGGUGGAUUCACAACCAUAGGGGUGAAAAUAGCAUGGAAGCCUUAGUCUCCUUUUUGAAAUUAUGCCCUGCUUUGGAGCAACUUUUUGUGACGAAUGAUUCUACAAGUUAUUCGGCUCCACGGUCCAAUUCAUGUUUAACGCAAGCAACUAAAUAUAGUACAAAAUUGGAGCAUCUAAAACGGAUAAAGUUUAUGGGGUUUACAAAUCGAGUGGAUGAAAUCUCAGUGGCAAAAAGAUUAAUUGAAUUAGUCAGGGGAGAGCCUCCAAAGAUAGAGACUUGCUUGAAUGCAGUGCUCGUGUAGUGAUUUUUUUAUGUAGAAAGGAAAAUUAUAUGAACAGGUCAUUUCCAUGCCCUUUCAAAAAAAUAAAAGUCAUUUCCCAUGCGGGCUGGGGCUGGCGUAGUGUUAUAACUUAAGAGAGAUAAAUAUGUCAUAUUUGGAGCCUUGUUUUCUAUCCUUUUCUGCAAUGUAAUCUUGUAGCGGACGGCAUAUCUUUAAAUAUGGUAUGAUUCCUUUUACGCAAAGAGUGAUUUUGAUUGAA